AUGGAAUCUCAACCCAAAGAUACGACUCAUACACCCUCUCAGCGAUAUCUUUCUACCAGAGGAGGGGACUAUGGGUUUUCAUUCGAGGAAGUCGUACUGAAGGGUCUGGCCUCUGAUGGCGGUCUGUUCAUCCCAGAAGAGGUCCCCGCAUUACCCCGCGAUUGGGAGUCGAGGUGGAAAGACCUGUCUUUCUCCGACCUGGCAUUCGAGAUCCUCUCCCUCUACAUCUCUCCCUCGGAAAUACCUCCCGCCGACCUGAAAGAAGUCAUCCAUCGAAGCUACUCUACCUUCCGCGCCGUGGAUACAACCCCGCUGGUCACAUUGGACGAGACGACCAACUUGCACCUGCUCGAGCUUUUCCACGGUCCUACAUUCGCAUUCAAAGAUGUGGCUUUGCAACUGCUUGGAAAUCUGUUUGAAUACUUCCUCGUCAGACGGAAUGAGGGUAAAAUUGGGAAGGACAGGCAUCAUUUAACGGUUGUAGGCGCAACAAGUGGUGAUACUGGAUCCGCUGCCAUCUACGGCCUGCGAGGAAAGAAGGAUGUCUCAGUAUUCAUUCUGCAUCCGAAGGGUAGAGUCAGCCCAGUACAAGAGGCGCAGAUGACCACGGUUUUGGAUGCCAAUGUUCACAAUUUGGCUGUUGAAGGCACAUUUGAUGACUGCCAGGACACUGUAAAAGCUCUUUUCGCAGACCCCGAGAUUAACCAGAAGCUCAGCCUAGGAGCCGUCAACUCGAUCAACUGGGCACGAAUUCUAGCACAAACCACCUACUACUUCUACUCGUAUUUCACACUCAUAAAAUCGCCCGCAUACAAAGCAGGUCAGAGGGUUCGCUUCGCUGUACCUACGGGUAAUUUUGGAGAUAUCCUUGCAGGCUACUUUGCGAAGCGAAUGGGUCUGCCCGUCGAGAAGCUUGUAGUGGCCACAAAUGAGAAUGAUAUCCUGGAUCGCUUCUGGAAAACUGGACGCUACGAGAAGCAGGUCGUGCAUGGCAAGGCUGCAGAAGGUGGAAUUGCUGCAGAUGGUGCGAAAGCUCAUGAGGAUGGUGUCAAGGAGACACUCAGCCCGGCAAUGGACAUUCUGGUAUCGAGUAACUUUGAGCGUCUACUAUGGUUCCUAGCAUACGAGUUUGCAGCUGGUGCAGGUAUGGACGAUGAGUGGAACAAAAAGCAGGCAGGUCAAGAAGUCGAGGCGUGGUUAAAAGAACUCAAGUCCAAGGGAGGCUUCGGUGUACACGCGGAGAUUCUGGCAGAUGCACAGAAGGACUUCGAGAGUGAGAGAGUCAGCGAUGAGCAGACUCUGGAGACGAUCAAGAAGUUCUUCUCUGCCGAAAAGAGCUACAUCCUUGAUCCGCAUACGGCCAUUGGCGUUGCUGCUUCUCUGCGAUCCAUCGAUCGAACUACACCGGGGGAGACCCACCACAUCUCUCUUUCUACAGCUCAUCCAGCCAAGUUUGCGAAUGCCGUGGAUGUGGCUUUGAAGGGCGAGCCAGGCUUCAGCUUUGACAGCGUGCUCCCUGAGGAGUUCGUUGGCCUUGAGCAGAAGGAGAGACGAGUGAGAGUCGUUCCCAGAGGCGCCGGGUGGGAAGGCAUUAGAGCGAUUGUCGAAGAAGAGGUCGAGGCAGAGCUUCGAGGGACUAGAUGA